AGAUCUAUUAACGCCACUGAUUUCAACUAUAAAAACCGGCGAUACCGGUUCUGAAAUCCACACAACACGUUCUGUCAUCGUUGAAAGUGGAACUAACUUUCAAGAUGCACAAGCUGAUCGUCCUUCUCGCCCUCGUCGCCCUAGCGGCUGGAACCCCCAUAAACCAGACAGUGAACGACCUGAUUCAGCGAAUGGACGGUCGCAUCGUAGGUGGCGAAGAAACCAACAUCUACGCAGUACCGUAUCAAGUGAGCUUGCGAGUCUCUGGCCGACACAUCUGCGGUGGUAGCAUAAUCGCCAGGAACUGGGUUGUAACCGCCGCACAUUGUUCCACGUAUUCCAGCAACCAGUACCAAGUGCACGCAGGCUCGACCAACGUCAACGACGGCGGCUCGCUGCACCGAGUCGAACAAAUAAUCAGGCACGAAAACUACGGAAACAGGGGCAUCCCGGUGAACGACAUCGCUCUGUUUCGUCUGGCGGAGCCGCUGCAACUCGACAGCUCCAGGAGAGCAGUGUCGUUGAAUCAGGCAGGUGUUUCAUCGCUGGUUGGCAAAUACGGAUUGGUCACCGGCUGGGGUACCACCCAGGAGUCGAGUUCGAACAUACCUCGAGUCCUUCGCAAGGUUUCGGUUCCCAUAGUCUCGAUGGAAUCGUGCAGGCAGGCCUAUCGCAGCGUCGGUUGGAUACCUGACGGUGAAAUUUGCGCCGGGUUUACGAACGGUGGCAAAGACUCCUGCCAGGGUGAUUCAGGUGGUCCGUUCGUCGUCGAUGGCAACCUCGUAGGAGUCGUCUCCUGGGGAAAGGGAUGCGCGGUUCCGAAUUAUCCAGGAGUUUACACCGAGGUCGCCCACUAUCGCCAAUGGAUCAGACAGCACAGCGGUGUCUAAUUUCGCGAGCAACCGAAAUGCUCUCUCCCCUGAUGACGAUUCCUGACCUAUUCCUCGUUUGAUAUCUUUGUUGACAACGAAUCUGACGAUUAUACCUUCGCGAGCUGAUCUAAGAAUAAAUUAAAAAGAAAAAAAAACAAACUUCAAACGUGAAACGUGCCUCCUGACGUUUCCUCAACACCUGGCUUUAAUUGAAACGACGUGUGGCGAUUUGACAGAAUUUGAUCUUGGCGAUUGUACAGAGAAAUAAACGAUUUUGUCGUACGUUCGCUAAAGCUUCGUCUAUAUUUGUUGUUAGAGAGUUGUAGAGAACAUUUGGGCAUUCUCGCCCGGACGAAACUUCUUCAAAAUUUCAUUCCCUCGCGAGUGAAAACGAGUGAAAACUCUUUCUCGCUUCUUCGAGAGGGUAAGAACAAUAAAACCGUGUGAGUUACGGUCAAUCGGCGGUGACGGUGAAACUAAGGA